AUGACACUCUCCGUCAUGCAACUGGUGUGCGACCACCCUCUGUCCACGAACUACGAAAACGACACACACGACGCCACCACCACUCCCGAGCCCGAGCUCAGCCCGAGCCUCAGCCCCUCAGCGUCCCUGUACCACACCAUCCUCGCGAGAUACUUCCACGCGUCCCACCAGAGCAGUGGCACCCCCGGGCCGUCGCACCAGAGCGCAAGCAUCAACACGGGGCAAGCGCUCGAUAUGGCGCUCUACAUAUGCCAGAUUCCACCAGCGGACAGGGGCGCGCCCGAGCACGCGUUUCUCGAGCGCGUCGCCGCUGUGGUCUCGCUGGACCUGUACAAGCGCCCGGGCGGACACGCGCCUGCAGCUUGUGGGGCGCUGUACACGGGCAGCGAGGAGGAGGUGGAGAUAAAGGUCGAGGUCGAUGUGAAGGUCUAUCGGAAUCGAAGUCGCGUGCGGACGGCGUCUGUAUCGGCGUUAUGCAAGGGAAAGGAGCUGACGAACGGCGACUCGGAUAUCGAUGGUGAUGAUGGGACGCCAAAGGAACACUGGGACGUCACCGUGCACUGGCCCAAACCCCCGCGCGAGCGUGUAUGUCUCUGCAAGCGCGACCAAGCGUGCACAUGCGACCAGCUACAAUGGACACCCUCCCAAUCCAUCAACUUCCGCAACGACCGCUGCUGCCUCUCCAAUUCCAACCCCAACCCCAACCCCACUUCAUUACCAUCUCCCACCUCAGAGACCGAGAACGCACCAUGGGAGUCCGAGUCGGACCUCAUCACAUCCACGACAUUCACCGCCACACUGCACGACCCCCUCGCACGCACAUACUUCCUGCACUACGGACACACCGAGCCCAUGCGCACCCUGCUCGACGACGCCGAGCGCAAAGCGAUCAACGUCGCCUCCCUCCCGUCCCAAAGAGCAGGCGACGGCUGGGCGUGCCUGUAUCACCGCGCGCUCGAGCGCUUCCUCGCGGCGUGCUGCUGCAACCUCGCCUGUUCCCCCGCCUCGGAGCACAUUCUCACCUCCGGCGGGCUGGUUUCGCGCCGGGAGGACUUUGAUAGGGUCUGGAGAGGCACCGUCGAGGGGAGGCGGAGGGCGCAGCCCGAGAUCGCUGAGCUGAAGCGCUUUUCGUACAGUCCGGUUGGCGGUAACAGUGCGACUGCCCCCGCCGGGCCGGGGCCCUCCAAGACUCCAGUCAAGAAAAAGUGA